UAAAAUGGUUAAGGGCAAUGGUUAGGUAAGGGUUAUGGUUAAUGUUAGGGUUUGGGAUAUGGACGUCCCAAKGAYCCUMUWUUGCACUAACCGUGCCUAGGGUGGAGAGCAAGCGAUAGACACGAGAGAGAGAAUGUAAAAAACUGCGUAGCGAACAGUUAGAAAGAGACCGGAGAGGUUCAUUUUCUGGGUCGUACGUACGUUGCGGAGCUUUACCUUACUUUUAUGCAAAAAGACAACUCAACUGAUCGUCCCGUCAAGGUUUGGGGUGCUCCUCUUCAUAAUAUCCUGCUAUUACAUGGUAGCAAAGACCUGAAGACAAGAGGGUGUGUAAGAUGGCAGUGUGGAUCCAGGCCCAGCAGCUCCAGGGGGAUGCGCUGCACCAGAUGCAGUCUCUCUAUGGGCAGCACUUCCCCAUCGAGGUGCGCCAUUACCUGUCCCAGUGGCUCGAGGGCCAACUCUGGGAUGUGAUCGAUCUGGAGAACCCCCAGGAGGAGUUUAAGGCCAAGCGUCUGCUGGACAGCCUGAUCCAGGAGCUGCAGAMCAAGGCUGAGCAUCAGGUGGGAGAGGACGGCUUCCUGCUCAAGAUCAAACUGGGACACUACGCYAGCCAGCUCAAGAGCACGUAUGACCGCUGCCCUCUGGAGCUGGUGAGAUGCAUCAAACACAUCCUGUACACGGAGCAGAGGCUAGUCCGAGAGGCCUCUAAUUCGAGCUCCCCAGUGGGCGGGAUGAUGGACAGCAUGUCCCAGAAGUAUCAGCAGAUCAACCAGGCAUUCGAGGAGCUGCGCCUGCUGACCCAGGACACAGAGAACGACCUGAGAAAGCUCCAGCACAACCAGGAGUACUUCAUCAUCCAGUACCAGGAGAGCCUCCGCAUCCAGGCCCAGUUGACCAGCCUGGCCACACUGCCCCCUGCUGACAGACAGCUGAGGGAGCCCACAUUACUGAGCAAGAGAGCCACCGUGGAGGCCUGGCUCACCCGGGAGGCCAACACACUACAGAAAUACAGACUGGAGCCUUUUAGAAUCGUGGCAGAGAAGCACCAGAAGAGCCUGCAGCUGCUGAGGAAGCAGCAGACCAUUAUCCUGGAUGACGAGCUGAUCCACUGGAAGAGACGGCAACAGCUGGCCGGCAACGGGGGUCCUCCAGAGGGGGGGCUGGACAUCCUGCAGUCCUGGUGAGACCCCUUCUAUCACCCUCUACCCCUAACAGAGAUCACAUAUGUCUAGGAUUGAUCAAAGGGCAGGGGCCACCCAGUUAACAAGCUGACUAUUGGAUACUGCUGGGUUUAUAUGGGGUGUAGUUGGGAAGAUGACUGUAGUCUAGGUUGAAGAUGACAAAGGUUAWGACAAUGGGAUUCUAAUAUCCCAUAACUCUUUGCAACAAUGGGGAAGAAUUCAAUGUAUUUUAAAAAUAUGUUUUAUUGAAUAUCCAAAACAUACAAUAUACUAGCAGUGUAGCCGCUCAACAACUGAACCACAGCAGUCAUCCAACAGACUCCCAUUCAGGGCGACACACAGACACAUCCAGGGUCAAUGCCCUGCUCAAGGGCACGUCAACAGAUCUCCCACCAGGCCAAACAAACAGGGACCCGAACCCUCCAACAUCCCCCCACAGUUCCCCAAUAGCUGACUCUCAACCAUCCGAGACCCUUCCCACAGACUCCCCCCAGAAUUUUUUUUUUUUCAAAAUACAAUGAAUUCCAUUCCCCACCCCAAAGAACCCCCCAAAGCACCAACAAC